AUGCUUAUCGGUCGCAUUACCUCCUUCUUCGGCGCCACUCUCGAGCGCUACACGUCGUACCGCGGCCAUACACCCGCCGAUGGCACUGUCGGUGCCGUGAAGCAACUGCUCUUUACGGACAGAGGAGUGCUCUCCGUUUCGAAGCACAGCGUGCACUAUGCCUCUCGACGAGGCCUUACGCAAUGGCAUCUCACGAGUGCUGAUUUCAAUGAGCUUCGAUGUAUGAAUUUCACUUCAAAGGGCACGAGGGAGAUACUGGUGGCAGGAUGUCAGGACAAGAUGUUCAAGGUGGACGUGGAGAAGGGAACUAUUGUCGACACCCUCGUUGCCGAUGCUCAGUACACCAUCAUGAAACGCGCAGGAGGAUACAUAUGCGCUGCUACUAACAGUGGCGGCAUACACAUCCUCGAUUCGGGCUCACUCUCCGUUGUCAAGGUAUUCGAGGGGCACACCGGCAGCAUCAGCGACAUGGACGCUAAGGGCGACUUUCUUGCUACGUGCGGCUGGUCACCAAGACAGCAAUUCGGCUUCAUGCUUGAUCCCUUCACCCACGUCUUUUCUCUCAAGACGCUCAAGCAGCUCCCUCCCAUCCCGUUCCAUACCGGUGCUGCUUUCGUGCGCAUGCACCCGCGCAUGUCCACCACCGCCAUCAUUGCAUCUCAGGCCGGGCAAAUGCAGGUUAUCGAUCUUAUGAACCCAGACUCUGCCAACUUGCGCCAGCUCAAUAUGUAUGACUCGUAUCUCACGGGUCUGGAGAUGGCGCCUUCAAGCGAGGCUUUUGUGCUUUCUGACUCCAACGCUCAUCUUCAUCUGUGGGGGUCGCCUUCCAAGGUUCACUUUCCAGAGUACAGCAAUCCGACCGAGUUUGCAGAUGCCGUCGUACCCCCACCAGCUAUGGACUGGUCACUAGACACUCCUCUAAACACAGUCGGCAUGCCUUACUACAAGGAACACCUUCUCUCCGGCUGGCCAAGUCACAUGGUGUUUGAGGUUGGCGCGCCACCACCCAAAAUCGAUGCUGCGAUUCUCAAUAACAUGACUCGAACGGACAUGGGCUUUUUCGCGAAGAACCCGAAAACGAAACGACGUUAUCAAGUCGAGCGUACUCGACAGUCAGAUAGGGGACCAGAGUCCUUGACAGCUCCCAAAUUUCUAAGUGAAAAGGCUCGUGCUGCGCAGUCUUUGGGCGAAGUUGAGUCUAAGACGGUGGAGACUAUGGAGACGCUGACCGAUAUGCAUCUCGAUGAUGUUACACGCAAGGAUGUGCCAGCAAUGUAUGGAAACGUAGAGAUCAAGUACAGCAGAUUCGGUGUCGAUGAUUUCGACUUCGCCUACUACAACCAGACCCCAUACUCCGGGCUAGAGACCCACAUCACGAAUUCGUACGCGAAUCCACUGUUACAGUUACUACGUUUUACCCCAUUGAUACGCAAUCUUGCUCUUCGACACACUGCAUCACCUUGCCUGUACGAAUCAUGCCUGCUUUGCGAGCUAGGCUUCCUUAUUGACAUGCUGGAGAAGGCCGCAGGAUUGAAUUGCCAGGCAUCGAACUUUCUCAAAACGUUCAGUGGGUUAUCGAACGCAGUGUCGCUCAACCUGCUGGAAGAGUUUGCACCCAAUGUGGCCCUCACAAGCAUGAUACAGGCCUUCAAUCGCUUCCUGUUGGAAAAGGUCUCCGAAGAGUUCCGCCAAAUGCUGGGAGCGGUCGGUGUACCCUCUCUCAUGGACCAAGUGCUUGAAACACAGGCACGUGCGAGCAUGAGAUGUGCGCAAUGCAGUAACGAAACCAUUAGGGGUGGCAGGACAUUUGUAAAUGAGCUCGUGUAUCCGGCCAAGCACGUCAUGAAGAACGCUCGAGGUCCACGGCCCACCUUUUCCCAGAUCUUGAAGAGCAGCGUGGAACGCCAAGAUCAAAUGAAGGGUUGGUGCACCAAAUGCAAUCGCUACCAGCAGAUGGUGCAGCGCAAGACUAUUCAGUCAAUACCCGGUGUGCUCAUGCUCAACGCAGCCAUUCAGAGCCACGAAGCGAAGCUCCUCUGGUCAGUACCCAACUGGCUCCCGCAAGAAAUUGGGAUCAUAGUAGAUCAAGGCCAAUUCUACUGCUUCGAGGGCCAGGACCUGAAACUGCACCUCCAGCGCGGCGUCUUCGACAUCAUGGUGUAUGAGCUCGUUGGCGUGGUGGCGGACAUCAACAGCGGUGAGCACCAGAAACCCCACCUGGUCGCUACCAUCAAUACCACGCCGUCCAGCCGCGACGCCAACGGAGCUACAGAAGACAAGUGGUACCUCUUCAACGACUUCCUGGUCCGUCCGAUCCCGAAAGAAGAAGCAUAUGCUCGACACCUCCAUCCUCUACCGCUGGUGGUCGGCCAACCCUCCCCUCCACCCUCCGAAUUCGCCCUCCUCGAUCCCACCAUCGAAACUCCCAAACCCUCCUUCCCCGUCGCCAUCGAUGCUGAAUUCAUCCGCCUCCAAGCCGAAGAGAUCGAAAUGAAAGCCGACGGCACGCGCGAAACCAUCCGCCCCGACCGCAAAGGCCUCGCGCGCGUCUCCGUCUGCCGCGGCGAAGGCGAGGACGCCGGCCUCCCCUUCAUCGACGACUAUAUUGCUGUCACCGAGCCCGUCGUCGACUACCUCACCGCCUGGUCGGGCAUCUCCCCCGGCGACCUCAACCGCGAGACCUCGCCUCACGCCCUCGUCUCCCUCAAACACGCGUACAAGAAACUCUGGCUCCUCCUCAACCUCGGGUGCACCUUCAUCGGGCACUCCCUUGCCAACGACUUCCGCACCAUCAACAUCCACGUUCCGAAGAGCCAGACCAUCGACACGGUAGACCUCUUCUUCAAGCCGCAGCUGCAUCGCAAGCUGAAUCUGAAGUUCCUGGCGUGGUGCGUGCUCAAGGAGGAGAUCCAGGGCGGCAUGCAUGAUAGUAUCGAGGAUGCGGUUACGGCGCUGAAGCUGUGGAGGAAGUAUCAGGAGUUUGUGGAUGCGGGGGUUCUGGAGCAGAUGCUCAACGAUGUGUAUGCGACUGGGCGGGAGGUCGGGUUUAGGGCGCCGGGAGGGGGCGCUUAG